AUGGAUCGCUGUCACCGUAUAUUUGUUCUCUUCCUUGGAUGGACCUAUCUAUGGAGCGGACGUUGCGCUAUGCUGAAAGAUCACUUUCACGGACUCACUAAAGAGGUGGAAUUGGGGCGUUAUGUGGAUGCACGAGACAAGGAGCAUUCGGUUAAAGCAGGGGAUGACUUUGUCUUACAGGACACAUUGUCGGAACAUAUGCAGAUGCUCUACAGCAAAUACAACUCCGCUGGAUUUCCAUUCAAAGAUGGAAAUACAGUCCGCAGUUUUAAAGCGCACUUGGGGACAAUCAACGGAAAACAGCUACAGAUCUUCAACCUGACCUCCCUCACCAAAUCAGAAGAUGUUCUUUCUGCCACGCUGCACUAUUACAUCGGAGACCUGCAGAAUAGUAGUCUCAAAUGCUCCAGACCCAAGACCUGUACUCGCCACGGGCCCAGACGUCACGGUCACAUCCAUCUGGGUAUUUGGAGCUUCGCCUCAGUGGACAACAACACAAGGACACUUGGCCAUUUUCUUAUCAACGUCUCCACACUCUACCAGGAUUUCAUCUCGUGGCAGUGGCGGGACAUUACGCGCGUGGUCAACCAAGCUAGACACCACCCCGAGCUUCUAAUUGGGAUCGAUAUCCACUCACAGGGCCGCAGACCCUGGAAGAAGCUCUUAUCGGAUCGCUCUCCAUAUAUCCUAGUCUACGCCAACGACUCGGCCAUCUCGGAGCCCGAGAGCGUGGUGUCUACCCUUCAGCGCCAUAAAGGGAACAUGGUUCCUGGCCUCCACAGGCUGGGCCUCCACAACCGCAGCGGUUCCUCGCCCGUCAGGGCCAGGCGGUCGGCCAACAUCCUCUUGCCUCUGCAGAACAACGAGCUUCCAGGACCGGAGUAUCCAUACGAGAUUCCCACCUGGGAUGAGACCAGUCCGUACGACCCAGUCGAGAACAAGCCGGCAAAAAGACCCCGUAAGAAACCGCGCAAGAACCAGCGGCACAAGAUGCCGCUGCUCCAGUUCGACGAGCAAACUAUUAAGAGAGCGCGAAAGAAGCAGUGGAACGAGCCCAGAAACUGUGCCCGUAGAUACCUGAAGGUGGACUUUGCCGAUAUUGGCUGGAGCGAAUGGAUUAUCUCUCCUAAGUCUUUCGACGCUUAUUACUGCUCAGGGUCUUGCAAUUUCCCCAUGCCGAAGUCCCUGAAACCCUCCAACCACGCCACCAUCCAGAGCAUCGUCAGGGCCGUGGGCGUGGUCCCGGGGAUACCCGAGCCCUGCUGCGUCCCCGAAAAGAUGUCGCCCCUCAGCAUCCUGUUCUUCGACGAGGACAAGAACGUGGUGCUGAAAGUGUACCCCAACAUGACGGUGGAGUCCUGCGCCUGUCGGUAA